AUGGGACGUAUUUCUAAACGAAAAAGUUUAUGCAAAAAUCAAGAACGUGAUAAAAAUGAAGAGAAUGAAAGAUUUCAAAGAUUACAAAAAUUUGACCGUACUUGGAAAAAUGAAACAGAUAAAAGUAUAGGCAAGCGUGGCUUAUAUAUGACCGGAAAACUUCCAAAAUCAACAUAUUAUGAUAAAUAUGGUCCCAAUGAAUUAGAAGCAAGAAAUCAAUGUUUUUGCGGUACUGAUUUUACUUUCAAAGAUAUUAAUUUAAGUCUAGAUCAUUGCAGUUCUAGUCGUGUAGGAAAUAGAUCCCAAAUUUGCGGAGGCACUUUUGCUCUUAGUGUAUAUAAUGCUCCCAAGUCCGGAGCCAGUUCGGCAUCAACUGAUUGGCAAACUAAGUGGUUGAAAAAUAUGAUCCAGUAUCCAUUUCGUGGCGUUCUUCCAAAUCCUAUUCCUCAAAUCCUACUCCUACAAAUGCCCAACUAG